GGAGUGAGGACAGCCAUUGCGAAAUUUGAAGAGUAAGAAAAAGAGUAACGGGAGAGUAGAGUUUCAUUUUUUGUUUUGAAGAGCGAAGAAACAGAAAAUGGAGACUCCUCCUUCGCAACAAGGCGUGGUGAAGAAGAAGGAAACACGAGGUCGUAAACCUAAACCUAAGGAAGACAAAAAAGACGAACAACAACAAUCUCAUUCUAAAACUAUUAAAGAAUCCAAAAAGAUGCAACAGCAACAUCAACAUCAACAACAACAACACCACCAACAACAGCAACAAGCUUCCGUCGACGAGAAAUACACUCAAUGGAAGUCUCUUGUUCCUGUUCUCUACGACUGGCUCGCUAAUCAUAAUCUCGUCUGGCCUUCUCUCUCUUGCCGGUGGGGCCCUCAGCUUGAACAAGCUACUUACAAGAAUCGCCAGCGUCUCUAUCUUUCUGAGCAGACUGAUGGUAGUGUCCCAAAUACCUUGGUGAUUGCGAAUUGUGAGGUUGUGAAGACUAGGGUUGCAGCUGCAGAACAUAUUUCGCAGUUUAAUGAAGAGGCUCGCUCUCCAUUUGUGAAGAAGUACAAGACCAUCAUACAUCCGGGCGAGGUGAACAGAAUUAGGGAAUUGCCACAGAAUUCUAAGAUAGUGGCUACUCACACAGACAGCCCUGAUGUUCUCAUUUGGGAUGUUGAAAGCCAACCUAACCGUCAUGCUGUUCUCGGAGCUACGAACUCUCGUCCAGAUUUGAUAUUGACUGGACACCAAGAUAAUGCAGAAUUUGCUCUUGCAAUGUGCCCAACUGAGCCCUAUGUGUUAUCAGGAGGGAAGGAUAGAACAGUGGUGUUGUGGAGUAUUGAAGACCAUGUAACAUCUGCUGCUACGGACUCCAAGUCUGGUGGAUCCAUUAUCAAACAAAACUCUAAAUCUGGGGAAGGCGGUGAAAAAACUGUUGACAGCCCUUCUGUCGGACCAAGAGGUAUCUACUCUGGGCAUGAGGAUACCGUUGAAGAUGUUGCCUUUUGCCCUUCUAGUGCGCAGGAGUUCUGUAGUGUUGGAGAUGAUUCUUGUCUCAUAUUAUGGGAUGCACGUGUUGGCUCUAGUCCUGUGGUUAAGGUUGAAAAAGCUCACAAUGCUGAUCUUCAUUGUGUUGACUGGAAUCCCCAUGAUGAUAAUCUGAUUCUUACUGGGUCGGCAGAUAAUUCAGUUCGCAUGUUUGAUCGCCGCAAUCUCACUUCUAAUGGGGUUGGUUCUCCUAUCCAUAAAUUUGAGGCUCAUAAAGCUGCUGUUCUUUGUGUUCAGUGGUCUCCUGACAAAUCAUCUGUAUUUGGAAGUUCAGCAGAAGAUGGUCUGUUGAACAUUUGGGAUUAUGAGAAGGUUGGCAAAAAGAUAGAGCGAGCUGGAAAAACAAUAAAUUCUCCUCCAGGGUUGUUUUUCCAACAUGCUGGUCAUAGAGACAAAGUAGUUGACUUCCACUGGAAUGCAUAUGAUCCAUGGACAAUCGUUAGUGUGUCUGAUGAUUGUGAAAGUACUGGUGGAGGGGGAACAUUGCAGAUAUGGCGCAUGAGUGAUUUGCUUUACAGACCAGAGGAUGAGGUUUUGGCAGAGCUGGAGAAAUUCAAAUCUCAUGUGGUUGCUUGUGCUGCCAAGACCGAAAAGUAAUAUAUCUCAUAGGCAAUGAAUUGUGUAAUUUUCACAUUUUCAAUUUAACCUAACUUUUGUUGUGGAUGUUUCAUAGCAUUUUAGAGAACAGAAAGAACAUAUGUAAUUCUUAGCUCAUGUGGCUCCAUUCUGACUGGACAGAACUUGAUGUAGGGUGGAGAUUGGCAAAUGAGAUUAACUUGUCUAAAACAAAUGCUUCUUAGGGUGUGUUUGUUGAAGCCAUGGGUCACUGCCACAGUAAAUCUAGAGUUUUAAUGUAUUAACUAUUAACUUUUGGGUCUAAAACAAAUGUUGUGGAACAAAUUGAAUUUUGA